AUGGAGGCGAUGGGCACCUUGUUUGACACCAAAUUGGGCCCAAUCUUGCAGAAAGUUGAGCGCGUCGAGAAGACGAUCGCAAACCAUGACGAUCGCCUGGCGGCAAUCGAGGCUAGGACUGCGGUCAAGAUCUCCCUCUACUUCAAAGAGGGCUUCGCCAGCGAUGAGAGCCGCAAGUUCAACGACAAUUUCCUCUACACCAGUCGAGAGGGAGUACAGGCCAUGAACGCGGCAAGAAUAGUCGAAUGUUCCUGGAAGCCCGAGUUCAAGCUGACCGUGAAGGCGUCUCAGGGCGAAGCCUUGGUUGCGAAGGUCAACACGAACGCGACUAUCGAGUGGAUGGCCGCGGGGGCAUCCGCCAUCGGCACCACGGCCCAAUCGCUCGAGUGA